AUGAGAUAUGUGAGGGAGUGGCUUGGAUGCAUGACCAGUGCGCGGAUCGUCUGCUUCGACUCGGAGGCGGAGCGAUUCUGGCUCCCCGCCCACCGAUCGGGCAUCCUGGAGCUGAAAGGACUGGCGCUAUUCCCGCCCAUUUUGUACGGGGGGUUCCAUCAAGUGGCCGAGUGUUUCAAGCGAGACGGACCGUCGGGUGUUUCAUCAGAACAUUAUCCCAAGUUUGACGAGCUGAUGGGUUUCAUGCAAGGCCCGUUCUUUCGUGACGAGCUUGUACAGAAGGUGAUCCCUUCAAUGCCACAGCUACUCAAACAACUGAAUGAUGGGAUCGAGGUACUGGAUGCCGGUUGCGGCAUUGGCGACUCCACCAGAAUCAUGGCCAGUCGCUUCCCCAAGAGUCGAUUUUACGGGCUCGAUUUCUCUGAGCACGCCGUCGGCAGUGCCAGGGAAGCGGCAGCGCAGUCCGGCCUGACCAACGUCGAGUUCACCCGGGGAGACCUGGGCGAGAUGCCCGCAGACUGGGCCGGCAAGUUCGGGUACGUGUACAUGAACUUGGUGCUGCACGAUCUACCGUACCCAGCCAAGGCCAUACGGGAGAUGUACCGGUUGCUUCGGCCUGGCGGGACCCUCUCACUCAUCGAGAUCAACGGUUACUCCAAACUGAGGGACAACCUCACCAAGUACGAGGACCAGGGCAAAGUCAACGUUUCUUACACUUUCAGUCUGUACAACUGCAUGCCCACCUCGCUCUUCUUAGAGGGAGGGGCGGGUUUCGGGGCGUUCUGGGGGCGGGAGGAGGCUCAAAAGAUGCUGGAGAAGUUCAAGUUUGAGGUUGUGUCUGUUAGUGAGGUUACGUCAGAUUUAAUGCAUCUGAUGUGCCGUAAACCCUCAACACAUGAUUAAACGCCACAAAAUUCACGUUACAUAAAAUGUAAUGCUACGCCUAAAGCAACCUCGAUGAAUGAACUUUAAGUUUGAGGUUGUGUCUGUUAGUGAGGUUACGACAGAUUUAUUGCAUCUGAUGUGCCGUAAACCCUCAACACAUGAUUUAAUGCCAUACAAUUCACGUUACAUAAAAUGUAAUGCUACGCCUAAAGCAACCUCGAUGA